AUGAUCAGCCAGGAACGAUUGGUAAAUUCCUUCUGCGAUCUGGUACGGAUUGACAGUCCUUCUGACGAGGAAGAAGAGGUUGCUCAGCAUCUGAUAGCCCGGUUGAGCGACCUGGGACUAAGUGUUGAGCGGGAUGCCCACGGUAACGUCAUUGCCUCGGAGCCCGGGGAGUUGCCUCUGUUGCUGUCCGCCCACAUGGAUACAGUGGAGCCGGGACGAGGGAUAAUCCCGGUUAUUGAAGGUGAAAGAAUCGUUUCUCAGGGUGAGACCAUCCUGGGUGGUGACUGCAAAGCCGGUGUAGCGGCGAUUAUGGAAGGUUUGCAGUCUGUAAUGGAAGAGGGCCUGCCCCACCGACCGGUGCAGGUUGUCUUUACUCGGGGAGAGGAAAUUGGUCUGGUGGGCGCCACCAAUUUGGACUAUUCGAUGAUCCGUGCCCUCGAAGCGGUUGUUUUCGACGGCAACGGCCCGGUAAGUACCAUAACCGGUUCCAGCCCCAGCUACAUGAGCUUUGACGUUACGGUCAAAGGUCGGGGCGCCCAUGCCGGAGUGGAACCGGAGAAAGGCCUUUCCGCGAUACGCAUAGCUUCAGAAAUCAUCCAGGACCUUCCCCAGGGCCGACUCGACGAGGAAACGACCUUUAACGUGGGACUCAUUUCCGGCGGGACCGUGAGAAACGCGGUGCCGGUCGAGGCAUUCUUUGGUGGCGAAUUUCGCAGCCGCAAUACCGAGACCUUCGAUCUGAUGAGGAUGCAACUGCUGACCACCUUGAAUCAGGCGCGAGACAAGUAUCUAGACGCAACUAUUCAGGAAGAACUGGAAGUGCUUUUCCAGAUGUAUAACCUGGAUCCCGAAGAAGGUGUGGUCCGUAUGACCCGCCGGGUCAUGGAGGGAAUGGCGCUCACUCCCGAUAUCCGCCCAUCUGGCGGCGGCACCGACGGCAACGUAAUGCGGCUCCAGGGAAUCCAGAGCGUGGUGGUUGGGAUGGCCACCAACGAAAUGCACACGGUGGACGAAUACGUGGUAAUCCCGGAUCUUGUGAACACGGCAACCUUUUGCCGCAGGCUGAUCACAAACGGCUCCUGA